AUAUGUUUACAACUUUUACAUGUUCAAACCCCUGGUCAUAUCAGUAUCUGAUCCAAUUCCAUACCCAUUGGGUUAUGGAUGUGCUCGUAAAGGUACUCUUCCAUCUACUCCAUUACCAGACUUUAGUCAAGUUAAUGAAUUUACUAUGGACAUGGAAGCGAUAAUCACUUAUUCUGACCGUGACCCUAGCAAAUCAACUGCUCGAGUAAUGAAACGAGGCGAAGUCAUUUCAUACGAAAUUCAAGAAGAAACUUAUUUUCUUCGUUCCAUUGAAAUGCCUCCCCCUCUAGGUCGAUUUGAAGUUGAGAAACACACUGGUCGAUGUCGUUAUUAUAUACCACUGUCUUAUGGUACACUUUUCACCCGUUGGCCUUCUCCUCAUCAAGAUCUUAGGUUCAAUCUUUUGUAUUAUCUGGUAAUGAAACCACCUCAAGAUCAUGCACCAAUUUUCAUUGGUGAGCUACCUUUAGGACCUUUUCGAGUAGAAGAAUACAGAGCAACUAACUUCUUUUCAAAUGAUGUUGAUGCCAUUAUUGACUAUUAUUAUACAAAGAACGCAAGUAAUUCUAUUCCAAGUAAAGUUAUAUUCACCCAAGAUAGAAGUGACGAUGACUAUGGUUUCUAUCACUCUCCCCCUCAAGUUGAAGUAACCAUAAUUGAUUACGAAGACAGUCACAUUGACUAUGAAGAUCGAUUCGACGUCUCUGGUUGUUAUGAAGAACCAGGAAACUUCACUUGGUUUCAACUGCUCUUUUCAAAUCCAUGGACCAGUAACUACAAUAUGCAAGAAAUUAAGGAAUCGACAGAAGAAUACUUGACUUCAUUCAUUCCAAUAACUCGCAUUGGUUCAAUUCAUACACAAGAAGUCGAUUCUAAUAUAUAUGUUACUGUUAAGCUUUAUGAUCGUGUACAUUUCAUUAAGGCUUAUACUCGUUUUGAUCAAAGCAAAAUUUUGGAUCCUUCAAAUAUUGUUAAAAGAUCUAAAGUCGAGGACUGUGAACAACUGUGCAAUUCAAAUGCAAAUUGUUUCAGUUUUAGUUAUUGUACGGACUAUGAUUGUUUAAUUUUUACUGAAAAAAAUCAUGAUAAUGUCGAAACUGAACGCAACGAUGACUGCCAAUUUUACUUUAGAUCUUCAACGGUUGAUGCUACACCACUGAUUGAAGCAAAUUAUUUGUCAACAAUCCCAUACGUGUUGCAACAGAUACGGAAUAAAGUCUCAGCAGGCGAAUUUCGUUUAGCCAGUGUUGACCUAUCAGCUGAAGAUUUGUUCAUCGUGAAUGGACCUGAAGAGAUUGGUGAUAUUUCCCAGGAACUGCAUACAAGUGGUUCCAGUCCUUUAAGAGCUGAAGAUUUUCCGAUGAUAAACACUGAUCGCCAUUUCAAUGAAGCACAAUUCAAGAUUGAGAAAAGUACGCUUCAAGAUUGUUUUAAGGCUUGUUUGAACGAUGAUGAUUGUAACACACUUUCAUAUUGUAUUGACCAGAAUAAGGAAUGUAUUCUGAGUGGAGAAACAUCGAGUUCAUUGAAAGACGCACUUGAAGACAAAACAAGUCAUGCAGAUGGAUGUAACAUCUAUCAAAAGUCAUUUAUGAAUCUAUUCCAUGAGUAUCCUGGCAAAAGUCUAGUUCUGAAUGCCGUCUCAACCAUAGCUGAUGUACCGAUUGGUGAUUGUGCUAAAAGAUGUGUUCAUUCAAAGGAUUUCAAUUGUGAAUCAUUUGAUUAUUGCCAGGAUAAUAAUCAACGCAUUGAAUCUGUUUGUUUCUUACACGUAAACCACAUUAAGAUUGAUAAAGUUCAUCAAAUAAAUGUAACAAACUGGAAGUUUGCUGAAGCUGGAUGUUCCCAUUAUUCAAAAAAAUCUGAACUUGAUUAUGAACAUAAAGUUGGACUUGCAUUGAAAGAUAAUAUGAAAGAAUCAAUUGUUAGAACUUUUGAUCCUCUUUCAUUAGAGCAUUGUGCUUCCGAAUGCAAUGCAGAUCCUAAUUGUUUUACUCUCGAGUUUUGUGAAUCAAUCGACUAUGAUAAAAUUUUCGAUAGCAGUGUUUCAUUGACGAGUUGUUCAUUGACAAACUUGAAACCAAGUAAUGUUAAUCAACCUGGACUGUUUGCAGAAUCAAAAAGCACCAACAAAAUUUGUUCAAUUUACAUAAAUCACAAGAAAAUUUCAGGAAAAAGUGAUCCCCAGUCAUCUGCAUUAAUAUCACCACCUGAAUCACCAACUAAAUUAAAUAAUUUGAAGAUAGCAAUUGGAUUGGGGACAAUAGUCUGCUUAAUGGCCUUUGCUGGUGGAUUCACUGGAUUCAAAUUUGCUACUAGAAAAGGAAUCAUUUCACUCACUAACUUAUCAGAGGAAAAAUGAAGAUGAAUUUUUAUGGAUCAUUCAAUCUGAUGAUCGACACGAUACAUUCUUGCAAUAUAUUUAUUAUAUUACUAGGUCAGGCGAUCCAUCGCCAACGGAACAUGUGAAAAAAGAGCAUAGUGAACAUUCUCUUUUGAUAAGAACAAUUUUCGUCGCUGUAUUCAUUAAUUACAAUCAACGAAAUGAUUAAUGUACUGAAUGGAAAUAUUUUUAAUGCGAGAAUUAGUCUCAUGCUAAAGGUAUUUACAAGAUACCUUUAAGAAGUCUUUACAGUCUUCUUGUUUCAUUCUUUUUGAAUACAUAUUUUAAAGCUCAAACAUUGUAUUAAUAAUGAAAUUGCCAAAAUUGAUGCGAAAUUUUUUUAAUAUUUAUUAAUUUAAUAUUCAAUAUCAAAUCACAGAGCAAUAAAUCUCUAAAAAUUUACCAUGAGGAUUGAUAACAAAGGAGGAUAGCCAAAAUGUGCGAUUUUCGGCCCAAGAUUCAGAAUUUGUUCAACCACAUAUCAAUCGAAAGCUUAUGAUGAGUAGAGUAUGCCUCCCUAAAAAUCAGGUCAAAGUUCGUAUCCUCUGGGGAGUUAUUCAGCAAAUCCCUUGGGACCCGAUGAGGACCACCUCAGACAUAUUUUUUCAGAUAGAACUUUGCAUGACAAUUCCAAUGAUGCUAUGUAUGUUGCUCUAAACCUGUGGCUUUUUGAGUUAUUUUACUUUGAAAGUUUUGCAUGCUGCAAAUGAAUAUAUAAAGCCGUGGCGUUUCUUAAAAACCCUAUGAGGACCACCUCUCACCUAGUACAUAUUGUUCAACGCCUUGGACACUAUCAUAAAAAGUCAAAAAUAAUUCUCUAAACAUGUGGUUUUAGAUUUGCCAUCUACAAGUCACUUUUUCAUAAUGUUCAUGAAUCUUCAAUGUCGUGGCGUUUCGUUUUUUGCCUAUGAGGACCACCUCUUUUAGUACGUAUUAUUCAAAGCCUUGAAAACUAUAAGAAAAGGUACAAAAAUAUUCUCUAAAUGUGUGGUUUUAGAUUUGCCAUCUACAACUCACUUUUGGAAAAUGAAAAAAUGUAUUGCAAAUCUAAAACCACAUGUUUAGAGAAUUAUUUUUGACUUUUUAUGAUAGUGUCCAAGGCGUUGAACAAUAUGUACUAGGUGAGAGGUGGUCCUCAUAGGGUUUUCAAGAAACGCCACGACAUUGAAGAUUCAUGAACAUUAUGAAAAAGUGACUUGUAGAUGGCAAAUCUAAAACCACAUGUUUAGAGAAUUAUUUUUGACUUUUUAUGAUAGUGUCCAAGGCGUUGAACAAUAUGUACUAGGUGAGAGGUGGUCCUCAUAGGGUUUUUAAGAAACGCCACGGCUUUAUAUAUUCAUUUGCAGCAUGCAAAACUUUCAAAGUAAAAUAACUCAAAAAGCCACAGGUUUAGAGCAACAUACAUAGCAUCAUUGGAAUUGUCAUGCAAAGUUCUAUCUGAAAAAAUAUGUCUGAGGUGGUCCUCAUCGGGUCCCAAGGGAUUUGCUGAAUAACUCCCCAGAGGAUACGAACUUUGACCUGAUUUUUAGGGAGGCAUACUCUACUCAUCAUAAGCUUUCGAUUGAUAUGUGGUUG